AUGUCAAAGACUACAAGAAAUACUAAAAAAUCAUCAUCAAUCAAAUCCGGCUCCAAAGAAGCGUUACCAGAGAACGUAUUUGAUAUCUACCAUGGCGAUUUCAAAGUGUGCGAUAUUCCGAAGACCGGACCACCAAAACCAGAUCCGAUGGUGGAAUUUCGACCCAAGUCGAAAAUGAUCAAGGAUUACAACAUAGACCAGACGUAUGCCGUUAUGGACAAAGGACCCGUGAAAUUGAAAUACAGAUAUACUGAAGCAGAAUACGAAUUUUAUCCACCUGAUCACGAGUUCUCGAAAGUAUCUGAUAAAAUUCGUUCGCGAAAACAACAUGGCCGUGGUCCAUUGGAAGAGUUGCUGCAGGACGCGUGGGCAGCCGUCGUUGAGAAACACCAAAAGAAAAUAAAGGAAUACAAUAUGAAGAAUCACGAGGAAGUUCGCCUAAAAUCAAUUAAAGAAAAGAAAGCCACCGAAAAGUUGAUGCUGAGAAUACUCGGACCCGCAUGGUACCAAGAGCUGUCACCAAAACAGUGUAAAGUCGUGGAUAAUCUGGAUCAAUCUAUGAAGAGAGAUAUGAAACAUAAAAGCGUUAGCUGCACUAUCGAAAGUUUGGCUUCGUUGGGACUCGUGAAACUCCCAUAUCAUAAACACGUUGAAUUGGCGUUGAGCACGUCUUGUGGUUGUCCGGUAGAAUUUUUAUUAAUUUUAUACGAUUUAAGGCACCCAAAACGUAAUGUGUAUUCGAUAAAUGAGAGGUUAUUGUUAUCGGCAGUCGUUAGGCUUACCCUGAGAUCGACUUUAAAGGAACUUCAUAUACGUAUUCCAUCACCACCCGGUUCACCGAGAAAGGUCAAAAAGAAGCAUGCAAAGGUUAAGCCUGUGCAUUACGAAUCUCCAUACUUGGUUCCCUACACGUUCGUUCCCAAACCCUGGAUAUUCAAUAAAUACCAAAAAGCGGACAAGGAAUAUCCUCAAAGUUUUUUCUUUUCUUACAAAGAGGAGCUGAUUGAGAAUCUAAUUAAAUUAUGUUCGGAAAAUAAUAUAAUUGCAGCUGUAACCAAAGAAGAAGAUGUGGUGGAAAGUAGCGAAAGCAGCACCUCAAAUAUCAGCAGCACAAAAGACGGCUCAAAUACGUGCAAUCUCACAGCAAAAACAGAAUGUAAAUUAAGGAUUAAAGGAAAGGACUGCUUAGUAACAAACGCAGACCCGAUUGAAUGCAAAUUGGAAAUAGAUUAUCCAACAAGCAGCAGCACCCUCAGUAUUUCAUCGACCACAGACACCGACUGUUAUGCUGAAAUGGAAAAAGAAUUAGUCAAGGAAUGGAUUGCAGCUCAGCGCUACUACAAUAAAAUGUUUCAGACUAAAUGCGUUUCAGCGUUGCAUAAAACCUCGAUUUAUAUUCCAUGCUUCUUAAAGGCCCAAACUGAGAAUAGGAAAGACAGUGAAGCUACUAAGACCGAUGAUUCUGUGUCGAUGGUUGAAGAAAUACCCGCAAUUGAAGAAGUGGUCGAACAAAAUAAAAUAGAAUGUGUCGAUACUACAAUGCCGUGUAUAAAAGAAGAACAAGAACCAGAAAAAGCAACUUGUGAUGCGGAGAAUGAAAUAAAAGAAAAUGGAGACGAAGAAGGAGGAGGAGAAGAAGAGAAAUCAUCGUCUGCAGAUUGUGGCUGUGGUUGUUGUUUAACAAACAAAAGCGAAACCGACGAAGAAAGUAUAAUCACGAAAAAUAGUAAUAGCGAAGAAUGUUGCGCACUGAAACAAGAAUUCCCAGAUAUUAAAAGGGAGACAAGUAACACGCUUAAUGUGAAUGUAAAUGAUACGGAUUAUUGCUUCUGCAAGGAUAAAAUUCUCCAAGAUAUCCGAAAUUCCUGCUGCCAAUGCGAGCAGUGCGAAGCUGACAGACGAGCUGCGAAUGCGAAGAACACGAUGAUAAUAGCAGAUACGAAACAGAACGAAGACGGAGAUAAUGUUAAGAUUAUCAGUGGAUUCAAGUCCGAGAAAAUAUGUACUUGCAUGGAGAAGUACAAAGCCAAGUGGGAGAAAGCGGACGCCAUAAGGGACGUACGAAAGGCACAAGAAGCUUUAAAGAGUUUGAAUGAAAAGUUCGUAAUUACUGGGACGACUAUGGGUAAGGAUGGAAAACCCGUAUACAUACUUUCUUCGGUGCAGCCUAAACAAGAAUGUGAAUGUAUAAGAAAGUUGAAGGAAAUUGAAGAAGACAAGAAACGAAUAGCCUUAAUGCCCACCCUACCAGAAGGAUGCAAUCAAUAUAUUAUAACGGGGGUCCACGCCAGACCAGAGGGAAACAUUUACAUACUAUCCGGAGCCAGGAAGAAUCCUAGCUGCUCCUGCAUGAAUCUAUACGACGAAUUUACGAAAAACCAUUCUGAUUGUCUGGAACUGUUCGAGGAGUACAUGAAGAAAAUUAAGCACGACACCGAAGAGUACAUGCAAGAAAUGAACGAAUACUCAGAAUUCAUCGCUAGCGAAAACAUUACAGAACCGGAAGAAACAGUCGUAGAAGCAGAAGAAUUAGACGAAUGUCCGUGUGCUUGCGUAUGCGAAGAAAAUAUGAAAGAUAAGGUUUGCAGUUUGAAUAAAUACAUAGAAGGAAUUAAUGCCGAAGGAGAAUUUGAGAAUGAAGAAGAAUCAGAAUGUAGUUUGUAUAACCUUCCCGCAGACGAGUGCUGCUGCGAUUGCCUAGAGGAGAAAGAAUCGAUAGAAGGACCCUGCGGUGUAACGCCCGAAAGACCAUGCAAAAUAGAAGAAAGUUUCGAAACGAUCGAAGAAAUUGAGGAAGAAGAAGCGGAGGAAGAUCGAUUCAAUAGAUAUAUCAUAUUAAAUAAAUUACCAGAAGAUCCAGAGGAACAAUUGCAUCUUUUGAAGAAAGCAUUAAGUAAACUGGCCGAAGAUGGAUAUCCGUUAGCAAGAUUACCGGAAAUACACAAGUUACCACAUUUCAAACUUUGGUUGAAAAUGCGGUGUAGAAACUUUUGGACGCAAAAAGACAAAGCAAAGUUUAUUCCGACCAGUAAAUCCAAUUGGAAGCACGUUGAUAUGUAUAGGAAAGACGUUCGUCUGCCUAAAAAAUAUUUUCUACUGGAUAAACCGGAAAUGCAGAACUGGCGAUACGCGAAGACCAUCAAGGACUUCAAUAUGUCGACCAAAGAAAAUUUCUACAGAAAUGUAAAAUGGAGGAGCAUCGAUUAUGCGAGACAGCUAUACCCAACGUUCGUGUCCUACGAAUUUCCGACGAAGGCAUUCCGCGAUGUCUUUUACGCUUAUCUCAAUUCGAAUGAGAACGAUGUCACUCCAAUUCGAAUGUGGCUCACCCACGAAUACAGAGAUCAGACAAUAUUAAGGAAACGCUGCAGAUAA